AUGUCUGGCUUAGCAGGACUGGGCAGUAACCCUUUGUCCAACCCUGCCUUUGCGCCACUCACGGCGGAGUGGCUGUUUGCCCUCGAUAGCGCUGUCAACUUCCUUAUGAUCGAGGCGACCAUGGGGGCUGUCGAGGUUGUCAUGCUUCUCGCCUUGCUAUUCUUCUCUAACGGCACGACACGACGCAAACCAAUCUUCGUGCUCAACCUAAUAGCUCUCCUUUUUGGUCUCACACAAGCCGUCAAUAACUUGUAUCUAGAGAUCUUUGCACUCACAAACCCUACUGGGACAAUUCAUUCGGCUAAUAUCAUCCUCAGCGCCGUUCUAUCCGGGAUUGUGCCCACAUAUGUCGACUGCGUUCUUCUCCUCCGGCUACACGCCGCGUUCCCGCCCUAUAUCAUCGGGCGCGAGCGAUAUGCCCUCGUCAUGGGGUUCCCCAUCUUGAUCAGCCUUGGACGUUUAGGCAACGCCUUCGUCUACAUUGUGAAGUACGCCAACAACGUGUAUGCUCUCGCCAAUAGCAGUGUAGGCGGUAUCGCAGGCGGAGCCGUGUUGAUCAACUCUCGUCUGCCUUCGGUCAAGGUUGAAUGGAUAUUGCAAAUUGCGGCGGAUCUCUACUCGUCGGCGUUGUUCCUCUCGUGUUUCCAAGGUGCCACCCUGCUACGCUCGAAGACUAGCUUCUCCAAGAAGCUGUACACGCUAUUCUGGCUGUCCGUGUCAAAUUUUGUCUUCCCGGUCCUACUAAGCAUCGCCCAACUCGCGGUGUACCUUGCCUCGCCGCGCCUGUAUAACACGUCGCUAUACAUUGAGCAAGUGAACAACCAUUUCACCAUCAUCUGCGUCGUUUUUGCCACAGUAUGGGCGUUUCAGGGAUCCUGGGAGGAAGCUCGCAAUUACUCCUCGCGAAACUUCCGUCAGUCAACGCAGGAACACUCCAGAAGUAGCGAAGAUAUUGAAUCGGAGAUGAGGUUCAGGAUACGGGCUCAAGGGCCGCCAGCGCCUAUGGCGAAUAUCCUGUGCGAUAAGCCUCCGAAUGUCGAACCCGAUUCGAAGGUGUCGUCUGGCUCUCCAGCUUCCUCUCAUAUGGACGAGUCCAGAUUGGGCGGUCGAGGCACUCCCCAUCAUCACGUAGACAUCGAGGUGGGACGCCUGGACUUGCACGGCACAGUGCUCUCUCGAAUGGAAUAG